GGCGAAGAAUUCUCGUCACCUUUGGAAAAGGUUUAAUACAGUGCAAAACUACUCUGAAACCAAAUAAUCUCUUUUUCUCUCUCUCUGUCUCUUUCUGAUAAAGAAUAUGUCGAUGGUUCCAAAAGCAAACCCCUUCGAGGACUCCCCUUUCACGGCGCUUUCCACCUCCGGCCUUUCCGGGCACGGGUCGUUUCGGAGCGGGCAGUUCAAGUGGGAGGAGACGGCGGAGGCGCACGUGCUGAAGGGCGAGGUGCCGGGGCUGAGGAGGGAGGAAUUGAAGGUGGAGAUAGAAAACGGAAGAGUGCUUCAGGUGAGCGGAGAGAGGGUGGUGGAAACAGAAGAAGACAGCGACUCCUGCCGCCGCCUCCACCGCGGAAUCUCGAAGUUCAAAAACUGUUUCACAAUCCCUCCUCAUACCCAACCCGAUCGUAUGAUGGCCUCCAUGGAAAAUGGCGUUCUCACCAUCACUCUGCCAAAGCUCAACCCUCCCAUCGCCAUUUCCAACUGAUAACUUAACAACAAUUCUUAUCAUAUCUACUCUCUUCUCUUCAUAUGUAAUA